AUGCCCGGCGUUGGCCGGACUGAUGGUGAGACGGUGGAGCGCGGGUGGUCGAACAUCAACCCAGUCGCAACCAGUACUAAAGAAAUGGGACACGGCCAUCGGAUCGAUACCCUCGACGAUUACUUCGGGGACUGGAACUGGAAAAAGUUGGUUGGUCUUGGAGAGCUCCUUUCACGUCGGCUUGUCGACGCAAUCAAGCAGCGAAACAUACAUGUUGCCGACCUGACGGGUUUUGAGGACAGCCUACCGAGCGACCAGCUGCAGAAAUGGCGAGCAGAACUUGCCCUAUGGGAGACGGACCCGGACUCAAAUGAAAACCCUUUCGACGACAAGUCUAAAGACAUCACAAUGGGUCAAGUGAAGCUGCAACUCGCCGCGGAGGAGGCAUCCGAGUCGUCUACGUCUCAGGCACCUACGCCGGAGAUCACUCGCAGUGUGCUUAUCUCGUAUGGGAUCGAGCUCGAGGAGCAGAAACGUCGCUUGCGUUCGGAUCGCCAGAGGUUGGGUCAGCACGCACCGGUCACGCAGAUGGCGACAAUUCAACAACGUACCAAUAUCCUCCAUAAUAAGAUCGACAACUGGACGCGCGCGCAAACCCUCUAUAUGCCCGGCGUUGCCGCACAUCAAUCUCCCCUCGUCUCCGGUUCGUCUACUAGCGGGCUACCUGAGGACACCUCCCUAUGGCUUCCUUCCGAGCUUCCGAUGGAUACACCGUGCGACAAGACACUCCAGAAACACGAGUUUCGGCUGCGUGUUGGGCAAGCACACGACUCGCUGGCGGCUAUCCGACGCCUUCUUCAGCUUCAGGCCUACCUCUACAAGUAUAAGGACGCAUACGUCUGUGGCCAGAGGCAGAACACGAAAGCGCGCUCGACCAUCGCCUCAGCCGAGGCGAAGAUCAAGGCGCACCACCUAACGUAUUCGGCAGCAUAUAAAGUGGUCGUUGCUUUAGCUAAGCACGUGCCCGAAGUGAGCGUCCCUGCUGACUUGAAAGAACUGGAGAAGGAAGAUAUACAGCCGAUGAGGGACCGCCUAGAAGCCGGUACUGAGGGACGCCGACGUUUAGCCUGGAUCUGGCGCACCAUAGGCGAGUCGGCGGGGGAGGAAGGUCUUGUGGAUGGUAUUCGUGUUGAAUGGUGCAAAGCCAGGGCUCGAGCGCUGCGGUGGACAGAGGAAACCGAACUCUUGCGCGAGGAGAUGCGUAGGACACUCGUCUACAUUGCAUGGCAAUCGGACUGGUGGCAAGGACUAUGUGAAGGUUCUAGCGAGGAGGGUAGCGUCGCGCUGGAAGUUACACGGGAUAGCUGA